GGCAACCACGGGGUGCGUGGGUGUCCCUGGCAUGUGGACGGGCAGCCUGCUGCCGCCGCCCUGCCCAGCUGGAGUCGUGACCCUGUCUUCCCCAGCUCCAUGGAGGUGGGUGGAAGGGGGUGCUGCUUCACAGCCUCCAACCAUGGGGCUGUUUGGGGGGGGGUGCACGGGCAGGGGACCAGGCUGGAAGGCCAAGGAACCAUGACCUUUUAUCCAGAGGUGACAACGAAGAAGCAGCAGGAGACCAACCAGGAAGGUCUUUAAUGAAUGGACUGCCUGCCUUCCCUCAGGAGGCACCCCUGAGGGAGGGAGAUUCUGGGUGACCUAGUUGGGGGUGGGGGGGUGCGUGGACAAGAACAAGGGCUGGACCUUGGGUGGCCGGACCUCUCGUCCAGUCUGGACACAGUUUCGCAGAGCCAGCAGGGUCAUCAGGGUCCUGCUUCUGACGGUCUUCGUGCCAGCGCCAGCUCAGGGUGGAUCCCCUGCCACCUUGCCCCCAGGGCUCUCCCUGGGAACCGGAACCAGCAGUUCCAGUGUCCAUCUCUACAGAGGGGGUGGGGCCAGAGCAGUGUAGCCCCUCCCUGGACGAGGGCCUCAAAUACCCGCCUGGGCCCUGGCCUACAAUUCCUGCCCCACCAAACCCGAGGCGUCAGUCUCCUGCCACAGACACACCCCCAGCCUGAAUCUCCGACCUUGAUCCUGAGUCUCAUUUACCGCCCCAUCCACAUCCCAGGUGAGUCUGGGGACUGGGCUGACCAGGAGCCUAGAUGGGGGUGAGGUCCCUCUAUUGGAGCCUCAGUUUACCCAAGGAGUAGAAUGGCCAUGGUAAACCUAGCACACCACUGGGGAGAGGUGGAGAGGCAGGGGAAGGAUCCUCCUUGGACCUCUGAAUCACAGGUCCUUGCCGGUCCCCCAGGGCUGGGGCACAGACGGGUAGUUCGGUGUGUCUGACUCCAGGUCCACGCUCAGGAGCGCGUCUGUCCCUCCCAGCCCACCUGCUCUCCACCAUGGGUGGGCCCCAGGUCCUACUGGCCGCGCUCUGGGUCCUGGGGGCCGCAGGAGCUGCCGCGCUGCGCAUUGGAGCUUUCAACAUCCAGAGCUUUGGCGACAGCAAAGUGACGGACCCGGCCUGUGGCAGCAUCAUUGCGCAAAUCCUGGCUGGCUAUGACAUCACGCUGGUGCAGGAGGUGCGAGACCCAGACCUGAGCGCUGUGUCCGCUCUCAUGGAGCAGAUCAACAGCGUGUCCAGGCACAAGUACAGCUUCGUGAGCAGCGAGCCCCUGGGUCGGGACCAGUACAAGGAAAUGUACCUGUUUGUUUACAGGAAGGACGCGGUGUCGGUGGUGGACACGUACCAGUACCCGGACCCGGAGGACGCCUUCAGCCGUGAACCGUUUGUGGUCAAGUUCUCUGCCCCCGGCUCAGCUGCCGGGGAGUUGGUGCUCAUCCCGCUGCACGCGGCGCCGCAUCGGGCCGUGGCGGAGAUCGAUGCUCUCUACGACGUGUACCUGGACGUGAUCGACAAGUGGGGCACGGACGACUUACUGUUCCUGGGCGACUUCAACGCCGACUGCAACUACGUGCGGGAGCGCGACUGGCCUUCCGUCCGCCUGCGCAGCAGUGAGGUCUUCAAGUGGCUCAUCCCAGACAGCGCUGACACCACCGUGGGCAACUCGGACUGCGCCUAUGACCGCAUCGUGGCGUGCGGCGCCCGCCUGCGCAGGAGCCUCAAGCCCCAGUCGGCCACCGUGCACAACUUCCAGGAGGAGUUCGGCCUGGACCAGGCUCAGGUGAGCGCUGCGGCGGGGGCGGGGGCGCGCCCCUCCCUGCACCAGCGCCCCAGAACACAGAGCCCUUAAGAGGCUCAGUUCUGGCUGAAGGGAUCGUCUGGGAUGGCAGAAGAUGCCCUUGCCUCUUCUCAGGGGUUUGGCGGGGGGUGUCUCCAGUCUGGGCCCCAGCCCACCUGCAGGCAGCAAGCACAGUGGGCUCCAUCCCUGGCCAGCAUAGGGAGGCAGGCAGCACAGGGGUGUGGGCAGUGGAGGCAGUGAGGGGUUGCUCAUUUUCCUAGGUGGGGCCCGAGGGAGGGCAGGCUGCCCAGCAGGGGGCUCAGGCUCCGCUUCCUCUCCAGGCCCUCGCCAUCAGUGACCAUUUUCCUGUGGAGGUGACUCUGAAGUCGCACUGAAAACCCUCAAGGCCUGGUCCGGGAAGCGGCCUCCAGACUCAGGCCAGGAGAACAGUCCUGCAGGGCUCCUUGUGGGGAGCUGGCCAGCCUCCAGCAAGGCUGAGGGCAGAGCUGGUGGGACGAGCGGCUAGGAAACAUCACAGGACCACGCAGCCUGUUUUGCCCAUCUGUGAAAUGGGCUACUCCGUCUACCUCCCAGGCUUGUGAGGAGUGGCCUGCAGAGCGCUGGGCACAGGGCAGUGCUCAAUAAACUCGAGCCGGCCCUCAGCCA